AUGGAUCCCGUUGUCAUGGAUUGCGGGUCUGGCACGUUUAAGGCUGGCUACGCUAACCCCGAUGCGGACCCUCCUGUGAUCAUCCCAAAUCGCUUCGUGGAAGCACCAGGGGAGCGCCCAGUCAGUAACGGGGCCAGCACUAACGACUCCGGGGCAGCAGCAGCAGGGCGCGUGGUGGGGGGCGUGGAGCGGGGGCGGGUGGUGGAGUGGGGGGUGAUGGAGGACGCAUGGCGAUACAUGCUGUACGAACAGUUGGGGUGGGAGGAGGGCGCUGAAGGCGCUGUGCUGCUGUGUGAGCCGAUUCUCACGCCCCGAGCUGACAGGGAGCAAGCAGCGCAGAUCCUCUUCGAGGCCUUCAGCUGUUCGGGUUUCUUUGCAGCGGAGCAGCCAGUGCUGGCGCUCUAUGCUCUCGGCCGCCUCUCCGGCUGCUGUGUCGACCUGGGCCACGGCAAGACAGAUUUCUCGGUCGUGCAGGAAGGAGCGUUGGUUCCCUCUUCUGCUCGCCGCUGGCCAAUCGGCGGCUGUGAUCUCUCAGAACGAAUCCAACGGCUGGUAUUUGAGGAGAGGCAGAGGGCGGGAGGAGCAGACGCAGGUGGGGAUUCAGUGACACGUGGCAACCUCUCAUUGGACGCUGCUGCGUUGGAGAGACUGAAGGAGGAAGCCUGCGAGGUGGCUCUGGACGAGAAUAGUUUCGCAGCUGCCCGGGCUGCGGACGAGAGGAAAGAGUUUGUGCUGCCCGACGGGCAGCGCAUCACCCUUGGCAGUGAACGGUUUGAGAUUGGAGAGGCUCUCUUCAGGCCCUCUCUCCUCACGCACAUCUCACUUCUCUCACCGCCCUCCCUCGAGGCCUCCCCAUUGGCUGGCCCCGACUCGGCCGGCAUUGUUCAGCAGCUUCUGAGUGUGGUGUUCGACGCAGCAGGGCUGGGAGGGGGAGGGGGGGGAGGGGGCGGCGGAGGAGGAGGGGUAGGGGGAGGGAUGGGAGGGGUGGGCGGGGGAGGAGGGCUGGGGGGAGGAGGGAUGGGGGUAGAAGGGGGGAAGCAGCGGGCAGCUCUGGAGUCGAUUGCAGUGGUGGGGGGAGGGUCGAGCCUCAAAGGGUUGGUGGAUCGGUUUCAGAGUGAAAUACAAAUGGCAGUGUCUCCCUCCCUGCAGCCCACUGUCGUGCGGGCACCUGACUACAUGCCGGACAACACCGCCCGCUACGCUUCCUGGUACGGCGGGGCUAUAGUGGCUCGAAUUGUGUUCUCUCAGAACCAGCACGUCACACGGGCAGAGUACAAUGAGAGGGGGCCUGCUGCUGUGCACCGCAAAAGCAUGUGA